AUGGCGAAAAGAAGGUAUAAAAUUAAAAAUUUUGGCAAAUUUAGAUGUGAUUUUAAACUCGAAAAUAAUAAAUUUAUCUUGGAAGAUUUAAGAAAGAAAUUGGCGGCAACAGAAUGUCAGCGAGAUAUUUUAAAUAAAGAAAAUGGCAGAUUAAGAGACCAACUUGACAAUGUCAAUAAAAAUUGUGAAGAGAAGGUCGAACAAAUCAAGCAGGUUCAACGUAGAAGUGAGUCGUGUGACAAACUACAAUUAGAUCGUUUACAAUUUGAAUUGGAUUCAAAUAAUAAAAAAUAUGAAGAAGCAAAAACAACGCUUGUAGAGUUGGAUGCACAAUGUGAAAGAUUAAUGCAAAAACUUCAAAAAUGUGAAUUUGAACGUAAUUCUUAUAAAGACGAUUAUGAACGAAUGAAAGCAGAAAGUGGAAAAUUACGUUCAGAAAAUUCAGAAUUUCGUAAAUUACAAAGUGAGAAUUUGUCGUUAAAAAGUAAUGAAAAAUGUUUGGAAAGAAAAAUUGUUGAGUUGGAGGUUUUUUUAAUUUUAAAAAAUUUUUUAAAUUAA